AUGAAGUCGACGAAAGUGCCAUUCUCGUACAAACGGGCUAAACCGCUGGACCUGUCGUUCGAAGACCUGGAGUCCCUGGUUCCUAGCUCACUGCGCGUGUUCUCCACGGGGUUUGUAAGUUCGUACCGGAUGUUGGGCGUGCCGGCCCAGCGCAACGGCCGGUACAAGACGGCGUCGCUGUUACUGAGCCACAACCGGUUGACCGGUGGCCUGAAAGACAUCCGGCUGCUGGUCGACAGGCUGUUCCGGCAGCCGGACGCACUCUGCUGGCUGGACCUGUCCCACAACCAGCUGACCGACGUGUCAGACGUACUGCUCGGGUUCCCGAAUCUGAGUACGCUGUACCUGCACCACAACCGGUUGGCGAGUUUGUGCGCCGUGGCCCGGAUCAAUCGGCUGCCCAAACUCAGGUCGUUGACGCUGCAGAACAACCCGGUAGCCGAGUGCCACRGUUACCGGAUUGCGGUCCUGUCCGUGUUGAAGCGGAUCACCCGGCUCGAUUUUGUCAGCGUGACGGACAGCGAGAGGCGCCUGUUGCCACCCAUAGCUUUGGGAAGUUUCAUCAAAGACUAUUUAAUGCCCCAGAAAUUUUGA